GCGACCAGUUGAGGGAGGCUCGUGCCCCUUUCGACUGGCAUAUCCCUACCUGAUGUGUGUUAGAAGUGCAGUGCCGACAUGUCCAGCACACCGCGAACAGGAUGAUUUCUCCUCUCGAAUAUGGCACUCUCACCAUCUCCAAGAUUUAAAAUACCUGGAUUCCUCUUACUAAUUUUAGCAUUUGGAGAAUGGACUAAAAGUACGUCUCCGGUGACCACCCCGUCUCCCUGCCUUUCCAAGCCCUGCCAACAUGGCGCUCUGUGUAAGGAGGUCCCCACAGACUACCUGUGCCACUGCCGGUCCUCUGUAACCGUUCACCCGGACGGACGGUGUGAAGAGUCCAACGAGCUGUGCCAGCCCCUCUCCUGCCACGAGAGCGCCGCGUGCCGCCCGGUCGCCGCCAACUCCUCAGAGCUGCUGUGCCGGUGCCAGCCCGGGGCGCCGGGGGCCUCCUGCGACCAGCUGGUCCGGCGGUGCGCCGGAAGCUUCUGCGGCGAGGGCGAGGGCGAGGGCGCGGCCUGCUCGCCGAGCCCCUGCCGGAGCGGGGCCUCGUGCCGGGGCAGGGCGGACGGGUACGCCUGCUUCUGCGUGCCAGGCUUCCAGGGCAGGCACUGCGAGAUCGAGGUGAACGAAUGCGCCUCCCAGCCCUGCCAGAACAGAGCCACCUGCGUGAACAUGAUCGGGAGGUACGUCUGCGUCUGCGGACCCGGCUACACAGGUGCCUUGUGCGAAGAGGACGUCAACGAGUGCGAUUGGAGCCCGUGUCAGAACGGAGGCGUGUGCCAAAACCGCGGCGGAGGCUACACGUGCCACUGCCCGGAGCAGAGCCGGGACGGGCUCCAGUACGGCGGGGAGAACUGCACGGAGGCCCUGCGGGGCUGCGAGGGCCACGGCUGCCGGAACGGCGGCAGCUGCUCCCCCUCCCUCAGGGCCGGCCGGCACGGCUACAGCUGCGGCUGCCCCGGCGGCUUCGCCGGCCCCCGGUGCGAGACGGCCACCGCCUUCUCCUUCCAGACCAGCGGGCGCCUGGAGCUGCGCGCCCCGCCCGCGGACCGGGACGCGCCCCUGAGCGUGGCGCUGAGCUUCCGGACCGCGCUGGAAAACGGCAGAAUGUUCCGGAGGGGCGGCGCCGAGGCGCUCCUGGGGCUGGAGCUGGCGGGCGGGCGGCUGCGCCUCACCCUGCGGCGGGGCGGCGGCGGCCCGACGCUGGCCCUGGAGCUGCCGCACAACGUGAGCGACGGCGAGUGGCACUCGGCGGCGGCGGCGCUCGGCGACGGGCUGCUGCGGCUCAGGCUCCUGGACGCGCGGUGCGCGGAGCUCUGCGAGGAGGCCCUCCGCGUGGAGAACCCGGAGAACCCAGAGAACCCGGAGCCCGCCUUCCGCAGGACCGUGUUCGGGGGGGCCCCGGAGGGGGACGAGGACCCGGGCCACUUCGUCGGGUGCCUGCGGGACGUUCGGGUGGACUCCCGCCUGGUGGUCCCUGAGAACUGGCCGCCGGGGUCGGCCGUCAACGUGACCCCCGGGUGCAGCCACAGAGACAGGUGCGCGGACGCGCCGUGCCAGAACAGGGGCCGGUGCGUCAACCUGUGGCAGAGCUACCGCUGCGAGUGCCGCCGGCCGCACGAGGGGCCCAACUGCUCGGAGGAAUACAUCACGGGCCGGUUCGGACAGGAGGACUCGCCGAGCUACGCCGUUUUCAGAGUGGACGACGACCCCGGGGAGAGCGUGGCGGUGUCGGCGUUCGUCCGCACCAGGAAGCGCGCCGGGCUGCUGUGGACGCUCUCCAACGGCAGCGGCCCGUACCUGCGGGCGUGGCUGGAGGACGGGAGGGUGCGGGUGCAGGCCGGCCACCAGGAGGCGGGCCUGUGGGGAGAGCAGCCCGUGAGUGACGGGAGCUUCCACCUGGUGAGCGUGCGGCUGGAGCGGGGCCAGGCCAGCCUGGAGCAGCCCGGCCGCGCCCGGGGAGCGGCCCCCGUCGGGGACCUGCGGGUGCGGCCCGGGGACCUGGUCCACGUCGGGGGGCUGGCGGACCGGCGGGCCGCGGCGCCCUUCGGAGGCCAUUUCGGGGGGUGCGUCCAGGACCUGCGGCUCAACUCCAGGCGCAUGCAGUUCUAUCCCAUCGGCACCCCGGUGGACGGCUACUCCCUGCAGCGCCUGGUCAGCGUGGCGAGAGGCUGUGCUGGAGACGACUACUGCAGCAAAAACCCUUGCCUCAACGGGGGGACGUGCUACUCCAUUUGGGACGACUUCACCUGCACCUGCCCCCCCAACACAGCAGGGCGGCGCUGCGAGGAGGUGCAGUGGUGCGAGCUGAGGCCCUGCCCGCCGGCCGCGGCCUGUCAGCCCCUCCCCCGGGGCUUCGAGUGUAUUUCCAAUGCAACGUUUUAUGACGACGGCAGAGUGCUGUCCUACAGAAGCAACGGGGGGAUCUUGAGGAAUCUCACCACCAUCUCCUUCAGCGUCCGGACCAGGAAAGCCGACGGCGUCAUACUCCACGCCGAAAAGGGGCGGGAGUUCGUCACGGUGUCCGUGCGAGACUCCCACCUGCUCCUGGAGCUGCUGAGCGGCGACGCCCCGCUCCCGCUGAGCCUGAGGAGCCGCGGGCCCGUCAGCGACGGACGCUGGCACUCCGCCGGGCUCUCCAUGACGUCCCCGAGGUCCCAGGCCUCCGGGUGGACCCUGCGCGUGGACGAGGAGGAGGAGCCGGCCGCGUCCGCCGCCGCCGUCGCCGGGAACCUGGACUUCCUGAAGGAGGGCGCGGUCGUCCUGCUGGGAGGGCGGGGCCCCGGGGCGGCGGGGGGCCUGGCGGGGUGCCUGAGCACGGUGGCGGUGGGCGGGGUGGCGCUGCCGUACCACGGCGAGUCCGAGGCGAGCCUCCCCAGGCCUCAGGAGGAGCGCUUCGUCAGGACGUCCCCCGGAGCGGCGCCGACCGGCUGCCGGGACCCCGCCGCCUGCUCGCCCGACCCCUGCCGGAACGGGGGCGUCUGCCGCGACCUGCCCGGCCCCUCCUCCUUCAGCUGCGCCUGCCCCCCGGGCUGGGCGGGGCCCCGCUGCGAGACCGCCGACGCCUGCGCCUCCGGCCCCUGCGUCCACGGCAACUGCAGCCUCCUCGGCGCGGCGGCGCACCGGUGCGUCUGCGAGCCGGGCUACGGCGGCGCCGCCUGCCAGGACCAGCUGGACGCGUGCCGCGGCCACGGGUGCGCCAACGGCGGCACCUGCCUCCCCGCCGCCGGCCGCUACUCCUGCCUCUGCCCGGAGAACUACACCGGGCCUCUCUGCACCGUAGAGGUCGAGGAAGUUCCCUGGUACAUCAUCAAACACGUACGCCCCAAGCUCCCGGUGUCCAUCUGCGGCGACGAGCAGAAGAACUACACCUGCUUCAACGGGGGCAACUGCAGCGAGACCAGCCUGAUGUGCGACUGCAUGUCGGGGUUCACCGGGCACCGGUGCGAGCUGGAGCUGGACGAGUGCCGGUCCAGCCCCUGCCUGAACGGGGGCUACUGCCGCAACCUGGUGGACCGCUUCCAGUGCGUCUGCGAAAUGAGCUUCGCCGGGGAGGUGUGCCAGGUGGACCUGAGGGCGGAGGGCGUGGGAGGCGGCCUCCUGCUGUCCGUCUCCGUGGCGUCCGUGGCUCUGCUGCUCGCCCUCUCCCUGGCCGCCGCCGCCGCCGUGGCCGUCGCCGUGCGGCGCAGGGCCACCCACGGCACCUACAGCCCCAGCCGGCAGGAGAAGGAGGGCUCCAGGGUGGAGAUGUGGAACAUGGUGCAGCCUCCGCCCACGGAGAGACUCAUAUAAGCCCCAAAAAACACACGCCGACUAAUGCAGGUUUGCCCUGCGUGCUAAGGUAGGAGGCCAUGUUUGAGUGACACAAGGGGGACUAGCAACAUCAACCUGUCCGCUUUCUCUUCCAUACCGCCAAUUGAAUAGGCCGUUGAUCAAGCGAUGUUAGUAUUUUCUGAAAGUAUUGCUAGUUAUCUUUACGUAGCCGCCAAUAAGGUGGCAGUACAGUAUCUUAGGCGUUAACGUGAUUCUUCGUGGAAAUAAUCAGACUGGAGAAGCCUCACUGUUAUGCAGGUUUAGUUUCAGGGCUCAACUCUAAAGGGGGAAAAAAGUGGUUUCUGUCAACUGCUUCAGUAUGCAGCCUGAAUAUUUCAUAUCCAAUGGACCUCAACCAAUGAAGUGGGUAAUGUUUGAUUUAGAAUAAAAAAAUCAGUGUUGUGUGCACUUUAAUUUAUGAUUAUA